CUCCGUUGCUAUGCUUCAGGCACCGCUUUGCCCCUGUGGCGUGCUCAACCCGAACGAGGUUCGUUGGGGUCACUUGACCGCUUCAUUCGACAGCCAACGACUCAGACAAGCACAGCAGAGCGUCUCUCAUCUCUUCCAGCAAGCACUCUUCUAAUCAUGGGAUUCUUCUCGUCCGACUCUGAUGAAGCUCAGGCACACUCCAAGGUGUACGGUGAUAAGUUCCACGAGCACAAGGCGAGCCUGACCCACGAAGGUAUCGCUGCCGCGGCUGCCUACGAAGCUACACGUAGCUACGAGAAGCACCAAGCCGCAAAGGGNGAGCCGAUCAAGCACGAAAAGGCAGUCGCCGCCCUUGCCGCUCUCGCCGCUGCUGCUGUCGAUGGCCUCGUUGAGACAAAGGGCCUGGACGCUUACGACCGCGAGAAGCUCAAGUAUGACGCCAAGAAGAAGGCCGAGGCUGCCUACGAGACCUACUAAGCUCGUCUGACAGCCCGGUCCGACCCAAGUUCAACACUGACGAACAAAGAGAAGAGAUCACGCAAGAACGACAAGCGUAGAUCGGCAAGGACUGUGAGCUUAGCCAGAGCUUCAACGCUCUUCCGGA